GAUCAGGUUUUAAAACUUGAAAAUUUACCUUUUGAAGCUUCUCUGGAACUUGAGAAAGCCACUCAUGAAAUCUACGUGCCAAACUUUUCCAAAAAUGAAAAAAAUGAUGUUAAUGAUAAUUCGGCUGUAAACGAAAAUUUGAAUUAUGCUGAUGAUCCAACAAAUUGGUCUUCAAAAAAUAAAUUGUUAAUUUUGAGUAUCGUUACUAUCUGCGGAAUAUCGACACCUAUUGCGGGAAC